AUAUAGACUUUGGCUAUAUUAAAUGUGAACAUUCUCCAGAUAGUCUAUAUACUUAUAUUCAGUAUACACAGUCUUCCCGCCCAAGCGAUUAUAUUGCUGCGGCAUGAAUGCUCUUUUCUCUGUCUCUCGCCGCCGGUGACAAUUAAGUACACAUCAAUAUUUAUUGAAAUUAUAACUGUGAUAAGUUAUUUAACAUUACAAUCAUGACAAAUGCAGCUCUUUGUCCCAAUCUCAUAAGCAACUACAGAACGCCAAAAAUAUUUUGGUAUCAAACUGAUAAUGCAGUAUUUAUUAGAAUUAUUUUAACGGACGUAGAAAAAUACAGCAUCAGAGUUGAUUGCGAUACUUUCAAAUUCAGCACCACGUUGAACGGUAACAAGUAUUUUGUUGGAUUAAAAUUAUGUGGAACCGUUGUGGCUGAUAAAACGUCUCAUGAGAAGCUUGGCAGGGAAAUUAAAGUUUGUCUCAUCAAAGCACACAAAUGGACAGAUUGGCCUAGAUUACAAAUGAAUAAAGAAAAAACAACUUUUAUAUGCAUGGAUCCUGAUCACAUUGUUAAAAAAAAAUCAUGGGAUGAUCCGUUUGCUAAUCUUGCAGAAAGAGAAACCUUCGACGAGUAUAAAAAGAGGAUGAAUAUAACAAAUAUUCCUCCACCAGAAUCAUCGACUUCUGGAUCAGAAUCUGAUGAUGAAAAGUAUAUCGGUUACGAUUACUAGAGAAAUUUGUUACAAGCACAAUGCCAAAUAAUUAAUUAAGAAAAAAAGAAAUAUAGAUUUAGUUUCUAUUAACGAAAGAGUAUUGUUAUAUUUUUAUAUUUUUAUAAUUAAAACGGUAUAAUAAAAAUGUUAACAAUUUGUUAAUUGUUAUUAUAAAUCAUCUAAAAUUUUUCUUACCGUUAGUUAGUAUUAGUUUUUAGCAAGUAGGAUAAGAUUGAAAUAACGUAAUACAUGUUUUCUAUUAACAAAGCAAACAAUUUAUUAUUAGUAUGUAAAAUAUGUAAAAAAUUUUAUCUAUCAAUUUAUAUUAUUUAUGAGACUUGUGCUAGCAUUUCAUGCACCAUAUUCAUAAAGUAUAAUUAAAAUUAGAAAUACAAGUAAACGGUAAACGCCCAUCAAAGUUGAUGAAAUUAUUUUACUGGAUUGACAUUUAUUAAACAAAUAUCGGUUUUCGUCUCAGGUGUAAAGUUUUGAAGAAAGAAUUAAAAACUUGUGUUCUGGCAUCGUAUAUUGUGGAAUGUAGUAGAUUUUAUUGAUGCACAGCACCAUACAUAAUUCAAUGAUGGAAUAUUCAAGAAUGCAAUCAGAAUUAUUAAAGUAGCGACAUUUAAUAAAUAUACAUUAACCAACUGUACAUAUAUAAAGAAUAGAAUAUAAAGUGAAUGUACAAAAGUGAAGAAAAACAGAUACGCCUAAUUGUAAUGUGCAGAUCAAAUCUUUCUUUGUUCUUCUAGCAUUAUAAACUUUGCAUAAUGAAUAAAUACUCGUGUUUAGACAAAUGGUAAGUUUCACUAGCUUUGGAUUUUGGCAGAGCGCAGAAGUUAUAUUAUGAACUUCCCACAAGCAUAUUCUUGUCGAUUUAUAUUUAAUUUAUAGUCGAUGUUAACCAUCUCAGCUAUUCGGAUAGUUAUCUGUCAAAUGCAUAGUUUUAAUAAAUAGCGAGUUUCCUGAA